UUGGUCAAUCAAGCCUAGCAAAGUCUCGCGUUCUCGCUGUUCAAUUUAUUGGGGAAAGCUUAGCUAGCUAGCUGGUCGUCCGUUCAGGAAGACGGGGGAUAUAGCUAGCUAGGUGUCUGGAUUGUUAUCGUGGAAAAAUGGCGGCGGGCAGCGUCAACCCGUUUAAUCUCAGUGAUUCUGAGGAAGAAACGGAGCGGAGACCGGAUGGCGCUGACAUCGAACGUAGCCCAAGUGAUGGACCACAAGGCCAGAGCACCAACCCAUUUUCCCCGCAAGCGGACAGUGAGCCAGCGGUAUUAUUAUUAUCUAGCACCCGAACCAGCCCCAGUGUGGAAGGAAUUUCAGUCUCGACUGCAGCAGCCGCUGCUGUCGGAGGCAACGCAGAGACCCGGCUUCCCGUGGAUGUGAUCGCUGCCCAGUUACUCCGGGAUCAAUACAUCCUCACGGCCCUUGAAUUUCACACAGAACUACUCGAGGCAGGCAGAGAGCUUCCUCGGUUGCGGGAUUACUUCUCGAACCCAGGCAACUUUGAAAGGCAAAGUGGAACUCCACCCGCUUGCAAAGAGCAAGGACUUGGCCCCGGAGGAGCACUAACUGCACAGGUGCAGGAUAGGAAAAGAAGAAAAAACGGUGCUGUUCAUGUACUUGAUCGCGCUGGGAGCAUCAGCACCUUGGACUCGCUGGACUUCGCCCGCUACUCAGAUGACGGCAAUCGAGAGUCAGACGAGAAGGUGGCAGUCCUGGAGUUUGAACUACGGAAAGCCAAGGAGACCAUUCAGGCUCUGCGCGCCAACUUGACUCAGGCAGCAGAGUGUGACAAUCCCUCCCAGGAGCGAAAAAACUUCAAAUCCAGCCCUGAAAUUCAGGAACCCAUCCGCUCUCUUGAGAAAAGAGCCUUAAAUUUUUUAGUGAAUGAAUAUUUAUUGAAGAAUGAAUACAAGUUAUCUGCCAUAACAUUUUCUGAUGAAAAUGAUGACCAGGACUUUGAGUUAUGGGAUGACGUGGGGUUGAACAUUCCAAAGCCCCCCGAUCUCGUUCAGCUGUAUCGUAACUGUGGCAACAGCAUGCUGUCUCUCAGGGAGACGGUGGAUGUGGCUGUAGGUGUGGAGGCCGGGGAACUUGCUGGGGACUGCAUUUCCCAGCAGCCCAUGCAGAAAACUGAAACCAUACAGCAAACAGAGGUAGUCGAGGAGCUGGAGUACCAGAUCAGCCUUUUAAACAACGAGAAGCAGACCCUGGCCGAGCAGAUCAAGAAACUGCAAAGUGAGAUCCAGGAGCUGAAGAAGAAUGUCUCGGCCCCGCUGUCCGUUGCCAUGGAGAUGGGUCAGUCCAGGUUGGACUCGGCGGAGGACCGGGCGUCGCUGGACAACGGGCAGUAUCUGGACAUCCGGCGUGUGACGGGGCAAGAGGAGGGGAAGGACACUAGCGCUAACCCCGCCUCUGCUCCUGCCCCGGCCACGCCCACGCCCCACCACAGCAAAUUAAAAAGCCAGCCGCCCUACAGCAAAGAGCCCGUCCAACUCGACCGGCCCAACAGGAAGUUGUCUCCUGCCUUUCAACAGGCGCUUUUGUCCUUCUGUCGGAUGUCUGCUGACAGUCGCCUCGGCUCAGAGGUGUCCCGUAUCGCAGACAGUGAGGAGAGUGUGAUGCUGAUGCUGGGCCGCUGCCUACCCCACAUCGUCCCCAACGUCCUGCUGGCUAAGCGAGAGGAGCUGAUUCCCCUCAUCCUGUGUACGGCCUGCCUGCACCCUGAGCCCAAGGAGAGAGACCAACUCCUGCACAUCCUCUUCAACCUCAUCAAGAGGCCGGAUGACGAACAGAGGCAGAUGAUCCUGACUGGUUGCGUGGCAUUCGCCCGGCAUGUUGGCCCCACACGUGUGGAGGCCGAGCUUCUGCCCCAAUGCUGGGAACAGAUCAACCACAAGUAUCCAGAGAGGAGGCUGCUGGUGGCUGAGGCCUGUGGAGCUCUGGCCCCCUACCUGCCUAAGGAGAUCCGCAGCUCUCUCGUACUCUCCAUGCUGCAGCAGAUGCUGGCGGAGGACAAGGCCGAUCUGGUGCGGGAGGCCGUGGUCAAGAGCCUGGGUAUCAUCAUGGCCUACAUCGACGACCCGGACAAGUACUCCCAGGGCUUUGAGAUGAUGCUGCUGUCCCUGGGUGACCCGUCGGAGCGGGUUGUGAAUGCCACCCACCAGGUGUUCAUCCCUGCCUUCGCCGCCUGGACCACAGAGCUGGGCAACCUGCAGUCCCUUCUCAUCCCCUCACUGCUCAGCCGUAUCGAGAAACUACUGAAGCAGGGGGAGCACGGUCUGGAUGAGCACAAACUGCACAUGUUCCUGUCGGCGCUGCAGUCUAUGAUCCCGCCGCUGUUCGCCGUGGUGUUGCAGAACGCCCCCUUCACCAGCCGAGCCAAACUACAGGGAGAGGCACCCACCAUAGAGGUGACGCGAUUCCCGCGGCCGGCGUCUCCGCUGCAGGACGUGGCCACCAUCGUUGGCAGCCGUGAGCAGCUGGCCCUGCUGCUGCAGCUCUACGACCACCAGCUCGUGCACGAGGGGACCACCGGCUGGGACAGCCUGCUCUGGGUGGUCAACCAGCUACUGCCUCAGCUCAUUGAAAUUGUGGGCCGCAUCAACGUUACCUCAUCAACCUGCGUUCAUGAGUUCUCCAGAUUCUUCUGGCGGUUAUGCCGGACAUUUGGGAAGAUCUUCACCAACACCAAGGUAAAGCCUCAAUUCCAAGAAAUCCUCCGUCUCUCUGAGGAGAACGUGGACGCAUCAGAUGGCAACGGAAUUCUGACCAAGGCCACGGUGCCUAUCUAUGCAACAGGGGUGCUCACGUGCUACAAUCAGGUAGGAGAGGGGCCGGCACACAUCCGACCCCGUAACACUGAACCUGACCUGUCCCGUCCCCUCAACAGUCUGGUGUGUCCUCCUCUUUUGCAGGACGAGGAUCGUAAGCUCCUGGUAGGCUUCCUAGAAGAUGUCAUGACAACGCUGUCCCUCUCCCACGCCCCCCUGGACAGCCUCAAGGCCUCCUUCGUAGAGCUGGGGGCUAACCCGGCCUACCAUGAGCUUCUGCUGACGGUGUUGUGGUACGGGGUGGUGCACACCUCUGCCCUGGUGCGCUGCACAGCUGCCCGCAUGUUCGAGCUGUUGGUGAAGGGGGUGAAUGAGACACUAGUAGCUCAGAGGGUGGUGCCAGCCCUGAUCACUCUCUCCAGUGAUCCCGAAAUCUCUGUGAGGAUAUCAACCAUCCCAGCAUUUGGUACCAUUAUGGAGACGGUCACGCAAAAAGAGCUGCUGGAGAGGGUUAAGAUGCAAUUGGCUUCCUUCCUUGAAGACCCACAGUAUCAAGAUCAGCACUCUUUGCACAUGGAGAUCAUCAAAACCUUCGGGAGGGUCGGUCCCAACGCCGAGCCGCGGUUCAGGGAUGAGUUCGUUCUUCCACAUUUGCACAAGCUGGCUCUGGCCAACAACGUGCAGACGGCCGAAAACAAGCGGAUCGACAUCGCCACGCAGCUCUUCGAAGCCUACAGUGCCCUGUCCUGCUGUUUCAUUUCAGAGGACCUGAUGGUGAAUCACUUCCUUCCUGGUCUGAGGUGCUUGAGAGCUGAUAUGGAGCAUUUUUCCCCGGAACAUGAGGUUAUUCUGAGCUCAAUGAUUAAAGAGUGCGAGCUGAAGGUGGAAAACAAGGGUGUCGGUGAGGCGCAAGGCUCGAUGUCGAUCGCAGCUAGUCUCGUCGGAGAAGAUGCCAAGACAAAGUUUCUGAGCAAGAUGGGCCAGCUGACCACCUCGGGCGCCAUGCUGGCCAACGUUUUCCAGAGAAAAAAAUGAGCUGCUUUUUCGGGGGUGAUCUUCCCAUGAUCCAUCUCUGUCUGGGGACCCUCUACUUGAAGUCAAUCGUCUGCCUUUAUUUUGUUCGUCUGUCUCGAUUUUGAUAGGCUGUAUUUUAUAUCUUUAUUUAUGUCGCAUAACUUUAUUCCAACCUCCAAAGAUUUGCACUUCACUUUUAUUUUUAUUUUCUUCAUUUUAUCUUCUUCUAAAUGAAGUCUUAUAAAACCAUCACUACUGCUGUUUUCGCUUUUUUUUUUUUUUUUUUUUUUUUUUUUGUUGUUUUGAGAAUGUAAAGAGACAAAAUAUUCCUGAUUCCCUCCUUGUGUGGUCUUUUCUCUGUGUCGCAGUGUUUCCUGGAUGUUUUUGUUUUAGUUUUUUUUUAAAGCGGGUGUCUUUGUUUGGGUAUCUUUUCUUUAAUUUUUGGAUAUGCUCUAACAGUAAAUAUCUGUAUUAUACACUGAAGAAAGAGAACGGUACAGCUAUUAUGUACAUUUGAAAAUUGGUGUCAUCUAAUAAUUAAAAAAUGAGAAACACUUGUA